ACCGAGCAGGGAGAGGAGCCUCCGCUCCUGUUUGUCGUCUUCAGCCAAGCUAGAGCACGAGCAAGGCGUGAGCUCGUUCCCCACCUCUUUUCCCCUCCAAAGCAAUCCCCAACCCUAGCUCCCUACCUCCUCUUGCCCGCCGCCGUCGCCUACUCUCCCAUCCCCUCCUCCACGAAACGCCUCUUCGGAGAAGAAAAUCACCAGGGAGUUUUCAUAUUCAGUUAUAGAGUUUCGCCUGAGAAAGAUCGCCGCCGCGCCGUCGUUCCUCGUCGCCGUUCGCCGUACUGAGCGCGGGGAUGGAGCGCCCGUGGCCUCGUCUUCCUCCUCGCUGAGUUCACGGAGCAGGAGCAACUCUGGGAUGACUUCCCCCUCCACGCCGCCGCCGUACUCGUCGCAGUCACCGACAAGUUGGUCUUCCUCCGCUCCGUCUCUGUCUUCCCCGAGAUCAAAACACGUCGCCACCAACCCCACAUUUGCUUCUUCCCGGAUAGGAUCGCGAAGUGGUGUUGUGAGAUACGGCAAGUUCUCCGGAUGUCCCUCGGCAAGCUUUAACAGGAGAAGAAUCCUGGAUGGCUACCUUACCUUGCAUGGGGUAAACUACAUUCUCAAGUUUCCUGAUCCGGAACCAGUAGAGCUCAAGGAGUCCACAGCUGAGGAGACCCUGAAGGAGGAUGCCAUGAGGUGGAGGUUCGAGCAGUACCUGAUGACCGAGCACGGCUGCAAUUACAGGACCAAGGAGAGGGUGAAGGCGUGGCUCUUUGACAUGUUCAAGAAAUGUGCUCUGGAGGUCGAGAAGCGUAAUGCGGAGGGCGGUUGGGCCUCGUUUGGGACGGACCUGUUCUGGGCCGAGACAGAGCUAGAGUUCCGUAGACGCCGUGAGGUCGAAGAUAAUUGAUGCUAGUAUGCCAUAUGGCUUACCUCCGUGGUUUUCACCGACUAGUGGUUUAUGGCGAUGAACUAGGAUGGUAGGAACUAAUCAGACAUUUGCUAGUGCUGGUGUAUCUAUAUAGCCAUGAUGGUAUGCAUCUCCUGGUUCCGCUACUGUUUGUUCUGCAUCUCUGUUUAAACAACCACUUGUUCUGAGUAGUGAACCUGGUAUGUCAACUUUACUCGCAACAAACAAUUGGUGAUGUAAAAGGAACACACAUUAUAUUUA